CUGUGGCGCGCUAUGUACGCUCUAUACCCGCCGAACUGCUCCCUAUGAACACGCAAUGACGUAUCAUCGGAAUUUAUUGUUGUGAAACUUGUAGCUGUUUCCGUAAUUUUACCAGAUUGUUCAUUGGAGACUCACUCGAUUGUUAAGAAGUUUCAGACGUUCCACUGGCUAACGGUGAAGACUUUUAAAGUACUUUUAAGGUGGCAUUUCCUAUACAGUAUCCUAAUUAUUGUGAAAAAUAGAACCUGAAAAUCCCUGUGCGAUGCUUUAGAUGUGAGUUGUUAUUUGAGCUGAACAUGGAUCACCUCGGCAGCAUGAUCAGGAUCUCCGGCUUACUUCUUGUUGUUAUUUUCACGUUAUUUGCGUUAUUUGUGAUACCAACGUCAAGUCUCAAAUGUUACCAGUGUGGCCAAUACACUGACGGUGUUGGGUCGAUCACUCCAUGCAUCAACUACACAGAGCGUCUCCACCUCAAGGAUUGUCCGCUCGCCACGUCCCAACAGUGCAUUAAAUACGUAAGCGAAGGGAGCACAGUGAGGGACUGCGCGCCAGCAGAAUGUGUCGAGAGAGGCGAGGGUUGGGGGACGAAAGUGUUCUGCUGCUCCGAGGACGGGUGCAAUGCUGCCACCACCACAAAGGCAGGAACUGUGACGUCCGUAGUAGUGGCAACGCUGAUGCCCGCCAUCCUGCACAUGGUUGCCAACUGAACCGGACCCAGGUUCGCCAACCCACGUACUAGUGCUGACAACUACUAGUAAUAAACGCUUUAUCUUCAUUAUCUCGAUAUGUAGCCAACAGAUGAUUAUUGGUUUGAAUGUUAUUUGUGUAGAUUUUCCUAAUGUUUUGUAACUAAAAUAGCAAAUUACUUUAAAAAAAUGAAUCUGAAUACAUUGCUGUAGAAUAGACUAUGUAAUGUAAAUUUUUAAUAAUAGCAUAAACAAUCAUUUAAAUAAGUAGUUUUAAGAUGUUUCUCUAGUGCAUGAUAGGAGGUAUGAGAUUUUGCUACCAAGGACAGAAUCCUCCACCUACAGUGAAGUGUACUGUAUAUUAGUGCUUAGGGCUUCACUUGUUAUGCAUUUAUAGGUCAACACUGCUGGAGAGUCUGCGCGCUAGAAUUUACUCCACAUUUGUAAGAAUAUUAUCCGUAAAUAUGCUGUACAAUAUUUUUAUAUGACCAAAGACAGUUCAUAUCAACGUGAUUAAUUUUACGUUUUAUAAUUAAUAAUGAAUAAUACGGAAUAUAUUAUUAUUAAUUGAGCGUCAAAAGUUACUGCUUACUUAUACGAAUACCAGACUGUACAUUUUUAUUUUACUGAAAAUAAUUUAACUAUUGAUUGAACUAUUCUUUUAGGUUUCAAACGUUUAUAUUCCAUGCAUGAAUUUAGUCAAAAACAACAUUUUUUUAGCGUCCUCAAUCUUAAAUGAUAAACUUUCGGAUGUAAGCAAUUAUUAUUUCUAUCAAGGGUAAAGCGUAGGAGAAAGAUUGUAAAAUUGUUUUGUUUAGGUUAUUUUACAAUUAUUUUUUUCUUGUCCAGCGAAAUAUUUUUUAUUUAAAAGUUACAGUAACAUAGUAUUACAGUACAAGCAUAUGUAUUGCAUACUGCAGAGGUAGUAGUUAAAAGAAUAUUAUUUUCUUCAUAACCAAGCCACAGUUUUAUGACGGCACACAUUUUACAAAAAUAUUUUAACAAUUUUUGUGUCGGGAAUUUAAUGUGGAAGUUUUUUUUAAUUUCUUAACACACUUUUAAUAAUAAAUCGGUUUCAGGCUUGUCCUAACCCAUUUUAUUUAUUACAAUUACAAAAUUAUAAAAUCAAUGGCCCGAUGAUUAAGAAAGUUUCUAAUUAAUUAAUUAUUUACUUAUUAGAAUUUAAAUUCAUAAAAUCAUAUAGGUUUAAAAACCUUUAUCGUUUUGAAACGUUUCAAAUAGAACUUAGUUAAUAAGUCAAUGUUUUAGUGUAAUAUAAUGCUACAAUUAUAAAUGGGUCCGAAUUGAAAGUUUUACUGAAUUUAUAAUUUAUUUUCCAAUGUAACCUCAAACAAUCUGCUUUAUUUAUGCACAUAUUGUGUUAUUGUGUAAAUAGUAUUAUAAUUAAAAUUAUUGUUACAACACACUAAAGUCACAUGCUUUUCUGUAACAUUGCAAUUUGUAACUUGCUUAAAGCUGCUGCUCAUAGAGCCGACUCCCACACUUUGGUGACUGGCUUUAUCCACUGCUGUAGUCCAGCAGCACUUGCAGGGGUUUCUAAAUGUGACGAUAAGUCAAAGAAAACUGGAUUUUAAUGUUGUAUUACUGAGAGAUGUUUCUAUCUCAAAUUCAAUUAACUCUUGAGGGUAAAUAGCGACAUUAGGAAACAUUAAACACACUAUGAUAAAGAAUUCAUGAUUUCGGCAAAACGGGUAUGGCCUCAUGUAUGUGGGGUUAAUUAUAAAUGCCAAUUAAUUGAUUAUUAAUUAAUUUACAGUUAAUACAAAUUUAAGUAUUUAAUAAAUUAUUAAAUUUAAUUAAGUUUACUUUUAUAAGUUGAUUUUACCUUUUCAUAAUUAUAAUUCGCAAUAAAGAUAAAUGUUAGAUAAAGAUUAAUAUUUUUUAAAAAUAUUUGUUAAAGUUUAUAAAUGUGUAUUAUUAUGGUCUUAUUGUAUUUAUUCAUUUAAAAUACUUUCCUUAAGCUUAAUAUAUCUUUAGUUAUGAUGCAUAUCUUUAAAGUUAUUGAAAGUAGUAAAAACUAUACACUUAAUUUAUUACUAGUAUUUAGGAAGGUAAAAUUUUAGAUUAACUGUAAUUAUUAUUUGAAUUAAAACCUACACACUUGUGAUAAAAUGAAAUAACAUAAAAAUUUUGCUUUAAUGUAAUAUGAAAUGAUUUUGGCAACUAAUGCUAUACAAAUUGAAACUAUUCCAACGUUUAUAAUGACCAACACUUGAACCAGUAUCUUGUAGAUAACUUGGAACGUUAGAAACUCAAGCUUGUGCUUAGAAUAGAUUUUAUCAUUCAAACCAAUAAUCAAUAACGGCAAUACUGAAGGUAGGGCCUUGGCCUGCUUUAGGAAAAUUUUAUGUAAUAUGUUUAUGUAUAAAUUUACCUAUGUUAUAUCCAAUUUUGAGACAAAUGUACAUAACAACUCCAGUUUGUUACUAACCUAAAACAGUUUCCAAUUGGUAAGGUACAGCCGUGUCUUCCAAAAAUAACCUACUUUCAUGUGGCCAUCAUAUUCAUUAAUUUAAUAUUGAGUUCUUAAACUUAUACCGUUGUGACUCUUACUAAACAUUUUUGCUACACGUUACAAAAAAAAAUAAAAUUAUCAAGCUUUGUCUACGUGAAGUCAACCAGAAAAAUGGCAUAACGUAGUUAAAAGUAAUUUUGCUGUUCCUAUCGUCAUACAACAAACUUAUAAUUUCAAAGAAACUAUAUAUUACUUUUUAGGAGAGUUUUGUAAUAGCCAAAUCAAUCAUAUAAAUUUGUGUUUAAAAUUGAAAUAAAAUUAGUUUUGUGUGAGAAUAUUAUAAAGUUAUGUUUAAAAAUAAAAUUACAAAUGUUAGUCCUUACUUUAUUUUUGUAUCCUUGUAAAUCCCAUACAACUUGACUGAACACAUUACCAACCCAAAACGUUAAGUAAAUACUCGUAUACAAGGCGCAUUAUUAUAGAUCUAUAGAAGCAUUUAAGCAUGUAAGUAAAUAAUCUUCAGACAAAAAAGACUUACCAGUUUUAAUAUAAAAUGUAUUGUUUGACAUUAGUUUUAUAUAUUCAAAAUUGAAAUAACUAAAAAGGGUUACCUUCAGUUUCUCAAGACCACCAAAUGUCAGCAUCCCUUGUUAAAAUAGAUGUUUUAUUUGUUGUUAUUAUUGGGUUAAAACUUACAGAUCUACACAAUCUGUCAAAUCUUGACGGACACUACACCAUAUUCUAAAGUAAUCUUAGAACUAAGCCUAUAUAAGUAUUAAUGUUUAUGUAUUCUAGUUUAUAUACUAAUAUAUAUUGCUAUAUUAUGUAGGGAACUAUAGAUUCAGGUUCCAAUGCAAAUAUUAUUGUUUCAUAUUUCACUUCAAUAACGAAUAAAUCAAAUCUUUUAACAUGUA